AACUGCCCAGAGGGUGAAAACUUUGACCAAAGAAUUCACUUUUACUAAAGUGUACUGUAGUGAGCUCCUGUUCUAUUGUGCAUUUCAUUGAUGGCCACUGUUUGACUCAAGAAAGUAGACAGGCCAGCUGGGCUAGAGGGCAUAUGACUUUUGUGAUGGCAGGCUAUAUGUCCUCCUGUCUGCUUCUGACCAGCCUAUUGACUCUUCAAUAUAUAGGAGCUAUAUCUGCAACCCAAAUGUGCACUGAGGUUACAGUCAACCUAACCUACAACUGUGAAAGCCUAAGACUUGAGGAGAUUCCUGAAAGUCUUCCAGCCACAACAAAAUUUCUUGAAUUCAGUUUUAACUUUCUCCCUGAUCUCCAAAAUUCAACCUUCGGCAGGCUCAGAGACUUGGUCUACUUAGAUUUAACCAGGUGUGAAAUUAACUGGGUACAUGAAGAUGCUUUUGAAAACAACAAAGACUUGAGCACCAUUAUACUGACUGGAAAUCCCCUGAUAUUUGUGGCAGACACAGCUUUUGAGGGUCCUAGAGCCCUUAAGCAUCUCACCCUAACCCAAACAGGAAUAACCAGUGUUACGUUUAUUCCAAUGCAAAAUUUGGGAAACUUAGAAACUCUGCAUCUUGGUAGUAAUCACCUUUCUUCCAUCCAACUUCCCUCCACAUUUCCUGCCCAUAACCUGAAAGUCCUGGACUUUGAAUGGAAUGCCAUUCAUCAUAUCACUAAGAAAGAUAUAGUAUCCUUGAGACAAGCAUCCAACUUAAGCCUUAACUUAAAAGGCAAUAACAUUCUGGACAUUGAGAAUGGGGCAUUCCAUUCUACUGCCUUCCAGAGUUUAAACUUUGGAGGGAUCUUUGAUAUUUCUAUUGUGUUAAAGGGACUACAGAAUUCCACCACUCAGACUCUUUGGCUUGGGUCCUUUCAAGAUAUAGGAAAUCCACAAAUAAGCUCAGACAUGCUGGAGGGGAUGUGUAAUAUGUCUGUGGAAGUUCUCAAUCUACAGUCCCAUCAUUUCUUGAUGUCAAAUACCAUCUUUCAGUGCUUCACCAGACUCCAAGAACUGGAUCUGACUCAAACUCACUGGAAUAGUUUACCCUCUGGCAUCGAGGGGAUGAAUCAGCUUAAGAAAUUAGUGUUGAAUCAAAACUUAUUUGACAAUUUGUGCCAAAUCAGUGCUGCCAGUUUCCCUUCCCUGACUCAUCUUUAUGUUAAAGGCAACAUACACAAGCUAGACUUUGGCACAGGCUGCUUAGAAAAACUAAAAAAUCUCCUGCACCUAGAUUUAAGCAACAGUAAAGUUGCCUCAGAUACCUGCUGUAAUGUUCAACUGAGAAACCUAUCUCUUUUACAGUAUCUAAACUUGAGUUAUAAUGAGCCACAAACUUUAGAGAGUGAGGCUUUCAGAGAAUGCCCUCAAUUGGAACUAUUGGAUUUCGCUUCUACACAUCUUCAUACUCAUGCUUCCCCAAGUCCUUUCCAAAAUCUCCAUGUCCUUCAGGUCCUGAAUCUCUCUAACUGCCUUGUUGAUACUAGCAAUCCUCAGCUUCUGGAAGGUCUUCAAGGCCUUCAGCAUCUAGACCUGGAUGGGAAUUCCUUUCACUCUGGGAUCCUCACAAAGGACAAUCUGCUUCAUACUGUGGACAACUUACAGGUCCUCGUUCUGUCAUCCUGUGGCCUAACAGCCCUGGAACACCAGGCUUUUGGGAACCUCGGCAAACUCAGGUACUUGGACCUGCAGCACAACAGCUUGACCGGCUCAGGCUUGGAUGCCUUUAGUGAUCUCAAGGAAACUCACCUCAAUUUGGCAGCCAACAGUAUACGUAUCAUUCCACCUAAUCUUCUACCUGUCUUUUCCCAACAAAGAAUCAUUAAUUUAAGUCACAACCCCAUAGACUGUAGUUGCUCCAAUAUCCACUUUCUGAAUUGGUACAAGGAAAAUCUGCAUAAAAUUUCUGACCCUGAAGAGACCACAUGUGGGGAUCCCCCUGCUCUAAAUGGGGUAAAGCUAACCAAUGUAACUCUCUCCUGUGCCUUUUCAACUGUGGGAAUCUUUUUUUUGGUGAUAUUUUUUUUGAUGGGCAUUACUUUCCUCAUUAUCUUAAUCCGACGCUAUGUAAUUAGAAAAUAUGAAAACAUUUAGGUCUGAAGGUUUCCAGCAAAGGAUGCUCUCCAUCUCUAAAUGGGUGACCACUUCCUAUUUCCUCUAAGCAACCUUUUCUUUUAACUUGUCUCCUGAGUCCAAUGAGGAUUAAAUGCUUUUUUUCCUUUUUUCUUUUUUUCUUUGAUGGUAGUAGGCUCCUGUGCUACAAACCACAAGGGGAACUCACCAUUCUAAGCCCAAGGGUGCUGGUGAUGGGGUGAGCCAGAUAAACACUAGUGGGAGAAUGGAGUGCUACUGGCUGGCUGCUAUGUUGCUUCCACUCUUCUACAAACAAGACUCAGGAAAUGAUUCUUUGCUUCCCUCUACUGGUUUCUUAUUGCUUCCACUUCUCUUUUAACCUAGACUCUUCAUGACUUGGGUGCAAAAAAGUACUCAGGUUUCCCCCCCCCCCCCCCAAUCUCUCUUUCUCUCCUUACAGUAAAUAGUACACAAUACUGCUCUUCCAUCUUUUAAAGGUUUUUGGGUUUUGUUUUGUUUUCUUUUCUUUAUGUUAUUAUUCAGUGCUACAGGAACAUAGCAAGGAGUAUUACAAUAUAUAAAAAUAAUGGGGAAAGGAAGCAAGUUCAUAUUGACAGUAAAUCUCAGCCUGUUGAAAAUGUCCUGGAGGUAUAGAAUUCAACCUUUUUAAGGUCCUCCCUUCUUUUCUGACUGAAACUCAUUUUCUUGUUUUAUCUUGAAAAUCAGCCAGCCUAGAUCUGCCUGCAUCAUAUGUUGGCUCAAAUUCAAGUCUUCUAAAUGAUAGAUUUGGAUUGGCUGUUCAAUUAUCAAUUAAUGAACAUUCAAUAAAUACCUAUUUUGUAUCAGGCACACUAUACUAAGUAUUGGUAAUACAAAAGGUGGCAAAAGACAGUCCUUAUCCUCAAGGAACACAAUCUACUGAAAGAGACAACAAAUAGGUACCACAAACUAUAUAUAGGAUAAAUAGCAAAUGAGUGGGAAGGUAUUAGAAUUAAGAGGAGUUGUAAAAGACUUCUUGUAGAAGAUGGGGUUUUAGUUGGGACUUGAAGAAAGUUAAGGAAUACAGUCUGUAGAGCAGAGGAAAAAGAGCAUUGCAGGCAUGAGAGACAGCUAGAGAAAAUAUCCAGAGCCAAGAAGACAUGAAGUGUCUUUUUGAUAGAAAAGCCAGGAGGCCAGUGUCACUUUAAUUCCUUGGACAAGAAUUGACCUUAGCUCCUUAACUGACUUCCUUAGUGAACUUAUAGUACUUCUUUCACUUCCUGGGAUCUCAAUGACCUCAAUCUCUGCCUCUCUGUGUUGACUCAUUCUUUAUGCCCCAUUGGUGGACAUGAAUCAGAUUUAAAAUUGCUGGCCCAAUUUAAUAGCUAGUUCUGUCCUUUUCUUUAUUAAAUUAGAUUGGCAUCUGGAUGCCUGUCUUCUUAAAGGUCAUAUGACCAGGGAUCAUUGAAUAAGACUGUCAUAUUCUCCAUCCUUAAACCUUGUCUGUAUUCAACAUGACUUUCUCCUAUUCAGACUCAUGCCUUCCCUAUUCCCUCAUUUCACUUAGCUUCACUCUUCAUUAAUAGAGAUGAGAAAAUAGUCAUCUUGAGCCCAGUGAACAAUGAGCAUCUUUCCCUAGUUGGAUUGUUUGCUUAGUCCUUGACAAUCAGGUGCUCAGAUGGAUGUGUUAUCAGAUAUCUUCCCUUCCUCUCCCAACCCUCCCAUCCUUCUCCAAGGAAAAGAGAUUUAAUAGAAUCCAAGGAUAUAUUUUGUAAAUCUUUAAAACAUACAAAAAACAAUGACAGAAUACCUCUCUCCCCACCAAGGUCAAUAUGUCACUAGACACUUAUAAUCCCACACCUCUAUUGAAUCUACUCAAAGGCGACUAACAACAAAUUCAAUGCUGUGACCUUUUCUCAGAUCUCCACUUCCUUGACUUCUGUGCAGUUUUUUGACACUUAUGACCACCAUUCUCCUCCUCCUAGUUAGUAUUCCUGUCCUCCCUCAGCUUCCAUCAUACUAACUUCUGAUUUUUCCUCCUAUUUCUUGGAGCACUCUUCUUUUUUUUUGUUUUGUUUUGUUUUGUUUUUGUUUUUGUUUGUUUGUUUGUUUUGUUUUGUUUUGUUUUGCUUUUUCAUCUUCUUCCCUUCCUCCCCUCUCCCUUGCCUAAGGCCUUAAGCAGUGAUGUCCCUUUCAGGGGUCUGUCCUAGUCCUUUUCUUUCUCUUCUCUCCCUUUGGUGAUUUCAUCCACAAUCAUAGAUUUCUAUUAUCAAAUAUGUACUGAUUCCAAUAUUUGUGCAUCUAGGCUCCCCCCCGUUGCCUGUUAAUCAAGACUAACCUGCAAGGCUCACAUCAUGUGUCCAAAAUUGAACUCAUCUUUCUCUCUUCCUGAAGCUUCCUAUCACCCUACCCAAACCUGCCUCUCUUCCUAACUUCACCACUCUCUCAUCCAUCCAAGCUUCAACUCUCAGACUCAUCUUUCCUCCUCUAUAAUUUCAUAUCCAAUCUCCACUCAGUUCUACUUUCACUACAUUUUUUCUGUCCCUUCCUUUCUCUCUUCUUCCACAGCCAUCAGCUAGUUCAAUAACUCCAGAAACAUUUAUCAAGGACCCAGUAUGAUUACAGCACUGUAUCAUCACUCAGCUGGAGCACAGUAAUAUUUUGCUUCUCUCCUGUCACUAAUCCAACCUUCACACAGAUGCUAAAACCAUCUAUGCCCCAAACCAAAAAUCUUACUUUGUUCCUCUUCUGUUCAAAAUCCUUUCAAAUUUCUCCCUUUGGCCUCCACGAUAAAAGAAAAAAUUAGAGCAUUAGCAAAGUUGCAGGAUUUAAAAUAAGCCACACAAAUCAUUAGCAUUUGUAUAUAUUACUGACAAAGCCCAUCAGC